GAUCUGAUCACACACACACACAUAUACACACAUACAUACACUCGCACGCACACGCGCGUGCGCGCAGACAUGAAGCGUUGAGUCCUGAAGGACACACGACUUAAAAAUGAUGACAAGAUGAGAUGAAUUCACCCCAGUAAAGACACAAGGCGACGAAGAGUUUACCCCUUCAGCAAGUCAGUUCACCUCUCCGUUUCGACUUUUAUUCUAUUUUUGCUCAGUGAGGCUGGAGUCCUGAGACCUUCUGUUGAGAGACAUCGCUCGUACUGGAGGGAGGAGCCUAAUGCCUCAGAAAUGUGAAACUAUCAGUUACUGCAGCCCCACCCCUUACCGGGAACCACGGUUACGAGCCUCCAAUCCGCCAUCAGUCUGGAGGUUUACCACCAUGCACCUCAAGCCAUACCCCAAACCACAAAAUAAAGAGAUACAUCGGGAAUCUGUGCACGAUGGAACAAGAGGCCUCCAUGCCGACCAGCAGGGAGUGCUCAGGAAAGAGUGGGGCAUUCGCCAGGCGUGUGGGCUCAUGGGCUCACCUGGCAACGGCACAGCCAACCGGUGUCCCCUCAGUGUCAUCUCCACCAACACCCUUCGAUGUGGCAGUGGGAGCAAUGCACCAACUAGAAUUAGUGGGGCCCGCAAGAGCAGAGCAUCCUCUCUCAAAACAUUUACCAGUUCUUUAGUUCUGCUCUCACCUUCAACUGGUUUGGAGAAUGAAAGCUCACUUAGGAUCUACCAAGGAGAAGAUGCAGAGGGAUCUUUGGAUAUAUGGGCUGUCAUUAAACCUGGGAACACAAAAGAGAAAAUUGCCAUUUUUGCAUCUCAGAAGUGUGGCAGUACUUGCAGUAGUGUUGUUGACAACACCUCGGAAACAGAAGCCAUUGCCCCAGAGCUUCGGACUGUCUCUGUUAAAAACAAAGGCUGCUGGGAUGGUGAGUGGUCUGUGGCUAAACGCAGGAGAAGGUCUGGAAACCCAGACAAGUCUAAAAGUAUGGAACCUUCUUCCCCAAAAACUGAAAUACUGCAAGUAUCUCAACAGGAGAGCCUCAAUGAGAACUUCCAUCCUUGCAAAGGAGUUGCAGAUGAUGCAGUCAGGACAGAGGGAGAAGAGGAUGAAAAGACACUUUCUGUGGUGGAGAUGGUGGCAUAUUUGGAGCAAAGAGCCAGCGACCAACAAGUGAGCUCCAAAGUUCCAUCCUUGCGCAGCACCAGCACCAUCACUUUAUCCAAAGUUGGAACCAUCCCUCAGCCUGCAGAGCAGCAGUCCAAGGUUGCAGAAAAGCUGGAGGUCCAGGAAGACGAAGGAGAGUCUGUUCGAGUUCUAGAUAUGGUGGCCAAGUUGGAAUCGCAGUGCCUGAGUAGACAAAGCCUCCGGGAAGGUGGAGGAGACCUCUCUCGAAACAAUAGCUUACGGAGGAAGGUGGGGCGUGUGCUUCUGGCAGGGUCAGAACCCUACCUGCUGCCAUCUCAACCAGUGUCGCCUACUGUCCCUCAGGACUCUAGAGUUAAGAGUGUCCCACAGCAACUGGAUAGUGAUUUAGACAAACUGAGCUCCCCACCUAAGACCCUUGAGUCGAUAGAGACCUUGCAGUGUGGGCUUGAUACCUGCUCCCUCAAGGACGUAGAAAAUUCUUGUAUCUCAAGAGAGGAAACUAGCACAGCUGUUGAGACUCUGCAGUCCUCACCAAAGGAUUCCAUCUCAGAGUGCAAUGAGGAACCGAUACCAGGCAUGUUGUUCUUUGCCAAAUCUUCUCAGUCUCUGAAGGAGCAUCACCUGCCCUCCCCAUCAAAGAGCAGAUCACCGAACAAAGAGUCUUCUGACAUCCAGGAACUUGAGCCUUCUGUCGACACUUCAGUGUCUUUCAGAGAGGAGAUCAAGGAUGGGCUUGUGGCUGACCAAAAUCAUCAAACCUUUGAGGAGACCGAGAGAGGAGAGACUUGCAUAGUUAAUCAGGAGCCUGUGCCUUUUCCAUUACGCCGCCUAGUGUCUCAUGAAUUUCUUGAAACUCGCUUCAAGAUUCAGCUGCUUUUGGAGCCUCAGCAAUACAUGGCUUUCCUGCCGCACCACAUCAUUGUAAAGAUAUUCUGCUUGCUGCCUACUGAGAGCCUGGCUGCCCUCAAGUGCACCUGCCAUUACUUUAAAUUUAUCAUUGAGAGUUAUGCCGUACGGCCGGCGGACUCUCGUUGGGUGAGUGAUCCACGCUACAAAGACGAUCCCUGCAAGCAGUGUAAGAAGCGGUAUGACCGUGGUGACGUUUCACUCUGCCGUUGGCAUCAUAAGCCCUACUGCCAGGCGCUACCAUAUGGCCCGGGCUACUGGAUGUGCUGCCGCAGGUCUCACAAAGACACACCUGGUUGCAAUGUGGGACUUCAUGACAACCGCUGGGUCCCUGCCUUUCAUAGCAUCAACAUGCCAAUUUACAAGAAAAGCAGGGACACUGACGAGGAUCUGUAGUGUGCCAGAAAGACAACUGCAGUGUGCAUUUUAUUUCUGAGGCCUGUGUAUAAGUGAGAGUAGUUAGUGUGAAUGGGCUGUGUGUUGCCAAUGAGCAUGUGUGCUUUUAAUGUAUAGUGCUUACAACCAGGUUGCUGAAACUAAUAAGAAAUUGCUGGGUCUUUGAACUUCUACUCUGCCAACCAAUCACUAAUUCCCCUGUCAAAAACCCUCCUCAGGUCCUUAAUGUUGUUCUGCACUUUAACCUUUAAAGAUUGAAUUUUGCAGAGUUCUAUCUGGGUACUGCUUGAUGAUUUUUACUUCGAGUAAGCAUUAAUGACUAACUUAUUUUUUCAGUUCAAUCACCAUUCUUUUUCUGUGCUUCGAAACACACCCUGACUGUAUUGCCUGCACUGAUGUUGACUUGGUCUGCAAUGUUAAACGUUUUUGAGCAUUUACAGUUCUGUUUAUCUCCCAACGUACUUGCAUACGAGAUUAACUCAUUGGCCAGUAGGGAAACUUUAAACGAGGGCACAAUGAGUUACUGACACAUUUGCUCCAUUUCCCCAUCUCCCAUUAUCAUCUCUUAGUACCGCUAAAAAGUCCUGGGAUGUUAGGUGGCGAAAUGACUUCGCGACUUGGUGGGAUUGACUUUUUGAGAUUGUUCUGAGCCCAGAUGUUUACAUUGUACAUAGCACAGAUUCCUAUAUAUCAUAACAGGGUGAUGAAUGAUGGCACGAGUGUGGCGUGAAAUGCAUUUAAUCUUAAUAUGGGGUAAAUUGCCUUGUUCGUUUAAUGCUAUCUUUGUGUAUGUAGAUAUCUAUGUGAAAUGGUCGCUCUUGUUCUGCAGUGGGACUCUUAUGAUAAACCCAUGUGAACGGGUAGUGCAUAUUCUUCUCAAAUUUUAAGUAUUGAUAUCUCCCUUGUAUGAUGUGUUGUUUCUUGACAGGAAACAUUUGAAUGUGGGAAGAGAGUUUCUCCAUCUUGACAGUGAAAAACUGAACACCAUCUGAAAAAAAGAAAAUUUCAUUGCAAUAUACUGUUUUCCAAAGUGUGUCAGAUUUUUAAAAAUGAUUGUUAAUGACAUUGCUGUGCUCUGCCUAUUAAGGCAUUUUACUUCAAUAAAGUAUAUCUUGGAGAAUUUGUAACCAA